AUGUUAAGAUCAGUUACUUCAAAACGUUCUUUGUCGACCACAUCUCGUUUACUAGCUAUCAAGAAACAACACGAUGUUGUAGUUAUUGGUGGUGGUCCAGGUGGUUACAUUGCUGCUAUCAAAGCUGCCCAAUUAGGUUUUGAUACUGCUUGUAUUGAAAAGAGAGGUAGAUUAGGUGGUACUUGUUUAAAUGUUGGUUGUAUCCCUUCAAAGGCUUUGCUAAACAAUUCUCAUCUAUACCAUCAAAUGAAAACUGAUGCUAAACAACGUGGUAUCGAUGUUAAUGGUUCAGUUGAUAUCAAUGUUGAACAAUUCCAAAAGGCUAAAGAUACAGUAGUUAAACAAUUAACUGGUGGUAUUGAAAUGUUAUUCAAGAAGAAUAAGGUUACUUAUUACAAAGGUAACGGUUCUUUUGAAGAUGUUAACAAUGUCAAAGUCUCCCCACUUGAAGGUUUGGAAGGCACAGUUCCAGAAGAAGUUGUUAUCGAAGCCAAAAACAUCAUCAUUGCUACUGGUUCAGAAGUUACUCCUUUCCCAGGUAUUACAAUUGAUGAAGAAAGAAUUAUAUCCUCCACAGGUGCUCUAUCCUUAAAAGAAAUUCCAAAGAGAAUGGCAAUUAUUGGUGGUGGUAUCAUCGGUUUAGAAAUGGGUUCAGUUUACAGCCGUUUAGGUUCAAAAGUUACUGUUUUAGAGUUUCAACCACAAAUUGGUGCCUCAAUGGAUGGUGAAGUAGCCAAUAGCACUCAAAAAUUCUUGAAGAAACAAGGCAUUGACUUCAAAUUAAGUACAAAAGUUGUUUCUGCCGAAAGAAAGGGCGAUGUAGUUGACAUCUCCGUUGAAGACACCAAAUCUGGUAAGAAAGAAGAUCUACAGGCUGAUGUAUUGUUGGUCGCAGUUGGUAGAAGACCUUACAUCCAAGGUUUAGAAGCUGAAAAAAUCGGUCUAGAUGUUGAUAAGAGAGGUAGAUUGGUCAUUGAUGAACAAUUCAACACUAAAUUCCCAAAUAUUAAAGUCAUCGGUGAUGUUACAUUUGGCCCAAUGUUAGCCCACAAGGCAGAAGAAGAAGGUGUAGCUGCUGCUGAAUAUUUAAAAACUGGUCAUGGUCACGUCAACUAUAAUAAUAUUCCAUCUGUUAUGUAUUCUCACCCUGAAGUCGCCUGGGUAGGUAAGACCGAAGAGCAAUUAAAGGAAGCUGGUAUUUCCUACAAAGUUGGUAAGUUCCCAUUCAUUGCAAACUCAAGAGCUAAGACUAACUUAGAUACCGAAGGUUUUGUCAAGAUCUUAAUUGACAGUGAAACUGAACGUCUAUUAGGUGCUCACAUUAUUGGUCCAAAUGCUGGUGAAAUGAUCGCUGAAGCCGGCUUGGCCUUAGAAUAUGGUGCCUCGGCUGAAGAUAUCGCAAGAGUUUGUCACGCUCACCCAACUUUGUCUGAAGCAUUUAAAGAAGCUAACAUGGCUGCUUACGAUAAGCCAUUAAACUUCUAG